AUGAGUGAUUUACAACCAGACACCGCAGCAAGGCCAUCUUCCUCACGGAAGCGUUCGAGGGCUGUGUCCGAUCUUACCAAGGAACAGAUCCAACACAAGCGCAAUGUGGAUCGUAAGGCCCAGCGGGCUUUCCGUCAGCGGAAUAAAGACUGCAUCAAUAACCUUGAGCAGCAAUUCUCACAGCUUCAAGGGACAUGUGCUGCACUGCGCGAAAGUUGCAGCCAGAAAGACAUGCAGAUCAACAACAUGCGCCAGGAGAACAAAUCCUUGCAAGAAUGCCUGCGUCAUGUCUCUGAGCUCAUCACUGCAGCUUUGGACCAAAUAGAGAGUAAUCAUGACCAAGGCCAGGAACAAGGCCAAUUGCAGGCUCAGGCUACGGAAAGCGAUGCCGGCCAAGCGAGCGGCGGUGAAUUUCAUGCAAAAACGCCUCAACCACCACAAGACAAUGAGAUGGACACAGCAUCUGCAACUCAUCAGGACGCCUCACCUCUGCGCCAAGAUCCUGAAGAUGUUAUACUACCAGACCCAGAGGAGCAUUUUGACAAUGAUGUCGUAUCUUGUCAAACCCCACCAGCUUGCAACGAUAAUGUCGCUCUCUUACGAGAUCAACCUCAUACUACAUCGAAUGUCAUACGUAAUGAAGACACAACCUGUCACAUCUCUCCAUCUGCCAAUUUAGGGCUCUUGUCACCCGCUGGGAGCUACCAACACGCCACCACAGGCUCCAAUAUUGCGUACUGCGCCUCGCAUGUAAGCUUAACUGAGUCUCACAUGAUAGAUCAAGCGGCAGCAGGUCAAUGCUUAGCAUCUGGCGAUAUGACGGCCGGCCUCGAACAUUAUGCCCCGUCCAACGGUGUAUACACUAUCCUACCUUCACAUGGACCAUCGACAUGCCCGUUGGACCUGAUACUUCUAGAGUUCCUUAAAUCUCGCAAAGAAAUGAUAUCCAACAACAUGGAUCCCGAGUCAGUUGUUGGCCCCCGAAAACCGUCGACGCGGGCCAUGGUCAACAUCGAACAAGUCGAUACGGUGCAUCCUCUAAGUGGCAUCAUGUCCCGCGUCCUAUCGACGUUCCCUUCUGUAGCUUUGGCAGAGAAAUUAGGUUUCUUCUAUCUCAUGUGCCACACGAUGAAGUGGCAAAUACAUCCCACCAAACAGCACUACACCGAUAUGCCUUCAUGGCUAAGACCAACUGUUACACAAAUAGCCGUGCCACAUGCCGCCUGGAUCGAUAACAUACCAUGGCCUGGUGUUCGUGAUAUCCUCAUAGAUAACCAAGCAGAGUACCCGUUCCAGCUAUUUUCAGACUACUACUCCCAGAAUGUUAGUGUGAAUUGGAAGUUUGACGGACUGGAUGCGAUAUCAGACCUGGACGGGGAGGGGGCCCUGCAUUCAAUAUUCGAAAAGCACAUUCGGGAUCUUAAAAACUGGACGGUUUCCCAAGGGUUCAAGGAUCGGUUUCCAUUGAUGGUUACAGCUAUCUAUUCACACCAAUGA